AUGAUUUCGAUAACAGUAAUUCAUUUACUUCUCCUUCUUGUGGCUUUCUCAUCAUUAACAGCUACAAAUUUCGAACAAUUUGGUCUCAAACUUUAUUCAACUGUUAGUCAAAAUAAGAAGAAUGAAAAUAUAUUUCUUUCACCAGCAAGUAUUUCUCUUGCGAUGUCAAUGUGUACAGUUGGUGCUCAACAAGAAACGUUAAAUCAAAUGUUAAAAACCUUUGAAGUAUCAUCAAGAAAAGAAUUAAUAAAAACAGCUGAACAAAUAAUGCAUAUCUUUUCUAUUGCUAAUCAAGAUAAACAAGUUCAACUUAAAUUAGCUAAUCGUCUUUAUGCACAAAAAGCAUAUCAACUUCAAGAAGAAUAUUUAAAAAUUGUUCAAAAUUCAUUUAAAGCAGAUAUUAAACUGGAAGAUUUUGAAAAUAAAGAUGUGUCACCUGAGACAAGAUUAAUAAUUAUUAAUAGUAUUUAUUUUAAGGGUACAUGGAUAAAAGAAUUUAAUAAAAAUUUAACAAAUGAAAAUGCUGAUUUUCAUGAAACGAAUGAUAAAAUUUCUAAAGUAGCAUUAAUGCAUCAACGAGAGAAAUUUGCUUAUGCUGAGGAUAACGAUUUACAUGUACAAAUUAUUCAUGUACCAUAUAAAAGUGAAAAUAAAGAUAUUGAAUUUGUUUUUACGGUGAUUUUACCCAAUCGAGGAGUUCAAUUAGAUGUUGUGGAACAAAAAUUAGCAUCACAGCCUGAUUCAAUGCAAAAAUUAUUAAGUCAUCAAAAUACAAGAACAGAAGAACUUCAUUUAUAUUUACCAAAAUUUAAAAUGGAAGCUACAUUUGAAUUAAGUGAUAUUCUUCAACAACUUGGAAUGAAAGAUGCAUUCAGUAGUUAUAAAGCAAAUUUUACAGGAUCAGAAGCAGCAGCAGCUACAGCCGUUAUCAUCGGUAUUUAUGCAUCAAUCAAUCCACCACCACAACCCAUUGAAUUUAAAGCUGACCGUCCAUUUCUAUUCUUCAUUCGUGAAAGUCGACAAAAUAUUGUCUUAUUUAGUGGCAGAUUUAUUUCACCACCGACAAACUCAUAA